GCGGCGUACGAGACAUAAACAAAACUUCGCAGGAUUUAUUUUAGCAAAAACUUGUGAAAAAAGGUUUUAGCAAAUUUAGAAAAGUGUUAAAAACAUGCGUAAAAGAUAUAAAAACAGUGUGCAUUGAUAAAAUAUAGUGAGCGUAACGUGUAUAAUGGAGAAAAACAAUGUAGUCAGCACCGGCGUGUCUUCGCUGCCCACACAAACAUUAGGAGCAGCCACAACUACUACGGCAGUAACGGCGGCAGCCGCAGCAGCUGUAAUGAGCGGGAGCAGUGUCGCUGGCACCGGCAGCGUCUUCCUACAACAACAGCAGCUGUUAACGAAAAACACUAACAACAAUAGCGCUAGUAGCAAUAACAAUAAUAAUAGCAAUAAUACAAAUACAAAUAGCAGUACAACAACAACGGCUACAAGUAGUAGCAGCUUGGGCACAAAUACGGAGACAAUUGAAUGUGUAACGCUGAUAAGCGAUGAUUCGGACGUGGAGGAAAUGUCACCAAAACGCAAAGUACCCGCUAGUGGAACGCCCAAUAAAAUCAAAUACGAUGAUGACUCCAAUGAUGCACAAGGUGGUGCUGCGGGUGAUGAACGUCGCACCAGCAGACGGAAUAAACCCAAGGUUGAUUACUACAACAAACCGGGUAGUGGCAAUGCGGAUUCAGGUGACAAACCGAGUACACCAUCAAGUUCGUCAGCAGCUGGCGGUGCUGCCACUGAACGACGUUCUGAGAGCAGUAAAACACGCAAAUCGGAAACGGCACGUAGUCCCUUUCCCAAAGAGAUUACUGAUCCGCGUGAGGCGGCUGCAGCUGCUGCCGAAGCGUAUAAAGAAAUUCUGACUGGUCUGGAAGGUGCUGCUUUUCAGUCACGUCUACCAUUCGAUAAGAUGACCUCCAAUGAAGCUGCCUGUUUUCCCGAUAUCACCAAAACUGGUUUGGUGGCGCAACGUGUUUUCCUCAAUAUACGCAAUCGGCUUUUGCAAAUGUGGAUUGAGAAUCCAAAGCAACAGCUUAUUGUAGAAAAUGCCAUCAAAGAUAUGGAACAACCCUUUGAUAGUGAUCCAAAUUUAGUAAAGCGUAUACACUCGUUCCUGGAGCGUCAUGGUUUCAUAAAUUUCGGCAUAUUUAAACGUUUACGUCCCAUACCGACAAAAAAAUUGGGUAAAGUUAUUGUAAUUGGUGCAGGCAUCUCAGGGUUGGCAGCUGCGCAGCAGCUACAACAGUUCGGUAUGGACGUAAUUGUAUUGGAAGCGCGUGAUCGUGUGGGUGGACGCAUAGCUACUUUUCGUAAAAACAACUACAUUGCCGAUUUGGGUGCUAUGGUUGUGACCGGCGUUUGGGGUAAUCCCAUGACUAUACUGAGCAAACAGAUUGGCAUGGAAAUGGUGCCCAUAAGGCAAGCAUGCCCAUUAUAUGGCGCUUGUGGCAAACCAGUGCCCAAACACAAGGACGACAUGGUGGAACGGGAAUUCAAUCGGCUGCUCGAGUCCGCCAGUUAUCUUUCACACCAACUGGACUUCAACUACGCCAACGAUGAUCCUAUCUCCUUGGGCCGCGCACUCGAAUGGAUUAUAAAGCUACAGGAGAAGUCGGUAAAAGAAAAACAAGUGCAACACUUGACAUUGCUUGCUGAGGCGCAACGUGCUGUCAUUGACAAUCAGACGCGCAUUUCGGAGCUAUCCACUAAAAUAAAGAACUUUAAAGAAACUCAUGCAAAACUACUCAAAUCGCGUCCACAACGUAGUGGUGAUGGCGAUGCAGGAUGGGUUGAGCAUGAGUUUCAAAUACGUUCCACACUUUUUGAGUGGACCAAAGCCUGCAAAGAGUACGAAGAACUUAAAAAAGAGGAGGAGACGCUGGAAGCCAAACUAAAAGAAAUUGCAAGCAAUCCUCCGAGUGACGUUUAUCUCUCAUCUAAGGAUCGUCAAAUACUUGAUUGGCACUUUGCGAAUCUGGAGUUCGCCAAUGCCACGCCACUAAGCAAUCUCUCACUGAAGCAUUGGGAUCAGGACGAUGACUUUGAAUUCAUCGGCAAUCAUACGACUGUGCGCAAUGGCUACUCUUGUGUACCCAUUGCCUUAACGGAAGGUUUAGACAUACGCGUAAAUACCGCAGUAAAAACGAUUAAAUAUUUCCCCACUGGUGUGGAAAUCGUAACCGAAAACUUGAAGACAAACAAUUCUUCGGUUACAUACAAAGCAGACAUUGCGCUCUGCACACUGACGCUGGGUGUACUUAAAAUAGCCACCACAAAAGUGCAAUCUCAACAAGCGAACACUGUUAAAUUUGAGCCACCGCUACCCGACUGGAAGCAAUCGGCCAUACAGCGCUUGGGUUUCGGUAAUCUAAAUAAAGUAGUGCUUUGCUUUGAUCGCAUCUUUUGGGAUCCAAACACAAAUCUAUUUGGCCAUGUGGGCAGCACAACAGCUAGUCGCGGUGAACUAUUUCUAUUCUGGAGCAUCUCGCAAUCGCCAGUGUUACUUGCAUUAGUAGCCGGGCAAUCGGCGGCUAUAAUGGAGAACGUAUCGGAUGAUGUUAUCGUCGGUCGUUGUAUUGCGGUACUAAAAGGCAUAUUCGGCAAUGGUUCGGUGCCGCAACCCAAAGAGACUGUCGUGACACGUUGGCGUGCCGAUCCCUGGGCACGUGGCUCGUACAGCUUCGUAUCUGUAGGUUCCUCAGGUAGCGAUUAUGAUCUACUCGCUUCACCCGUUAUACCACCGAAUCCAACCAACACCAAUAUCAAUCAAGAGCAAGAUGAACUGCCACGUUUGUUCUUUGCCGGCGAGCAUACCAUACGCAACUACCCCGCCACAGUACAUGGUGCCUUCUUGAGUGGUUUGCGUGAGGCUGGUCGCAUAGCAGACUAUUAUUUAGGCUAUCCAGAGGGCACACCACCCGAUAUCGGUUACUCGGUGGUGGAGGCGGCCAAUACGGCUUCUGUGGGCGAUAAUGUGGAUAUUGUUGAUAUUGCACAUUCAACAGACUCAUCCUCAAAGACUUCGGAAGAGAAAUCGAUCACUGCCGAUUCGAACGAAUAGUGUGUAAUGGGGAAAACUUGAACAAUGUUUAAAUGUAUGUGUGUGUGUCUGCGUGAAUGGCUCUCAACUACAUUCAAUGCGCAUUUGACUUUCCUCUAUUCCAAUUAACUUAUUUUUCCUAUAAUUUUAAUAUAAUUAUUUUAAUAUAAUUAUUUUAAUAUAAUUAUUUCAUUUUCCAUUACUUUGUACUUCACUUUUUUUUUUUUUUUUUCUUUUCACUCUCCACACAUGCACAUGGUUUGUGGAGAUAUGCAAGCUGGUUGUAAAGCGUUAUCGAAAUAUUUGAAAUGCGGCAGUUAAACGAGAAGAAGAAGGAAUAGAUUGCGUUAAUUUCCACCGACCAUUUGUGUGCUUUCGCCUUGAUUAAUUUGUGUGUAUAAUCUUUUAGUUGUGACUAGCAAUUAGUAUUUGCAAUGGUAGUGUGUUCGGAAACUGAAAUUGGAAGUUCCAUUUAUUUACCUAAUCUUAAAUGUAAUAUUAUUAGACAUAAUUAAAUACUGGACCUUUUACAGACAAUGAAUUGAAUACAAAAUAAAAUUAAAUUCCAGCAA